UGCUUUCAUGCAUGGAAUUCUCCUCCAACACAAACAAAUGAAAGAAAGAGUCAUUCUUAUGCUUUUAUUACCUCUCUUAAUAUUACUUCAACUCUUCAACACACCUCAUUAAUUUUCUUACAACCCCAUUAAUUUAAUUUAAUCAAAAUUUAAUUUUUGUUCAUUCUAUUGUGAAACGGAAAUGAAGGGGUCUCUCCCCUUUUUGUGGGUCGGAUCUUGUACUUAUACAACUGUCACAUCUUCACCAUCAUCAUGAUCAUGAAAUAACGCACAUUUCAUGUUUGUGAUAUUGUUUCUGAGUAGUUUUGUUAUAUAUAUUUAGAUCAGAUUCAUAUAAUUCUUCAGUGUUGUGAUUGCGAAUCAAUGGAGGAGAAGCAGAGGAAGUUUGUUUGUAAGUAUUGUUUCAAGAGAUAUCCUUGUGGAAAGUCUCUUGGUGGUCACAUCAGAACACAUAUGAGUGAACAAAGAACUCAUAAUGCUGCUGCUAUUGCUGUUGCUGCUGUUGCUGCCGAUGCUCGUGUUUUCAAGCUAGAUGGUGUUAGAAACAAGAGAGAUUCUGAAACUGUUGGUGGUGCUGAUGGAAACAACAGUUACGGUCUUAGAGAGAAUCCGAGGAAAACAAUGAGGUUUGUGCAUUCUCAUCAUCAUCAACAUCGUCGUCAUGAUGAUCAUGCUGCUGCUGCUGCAACAACCGUGGCCGUGGAGCAUGAAAUGAUCAGAUUCUGUAAAGAAUGUGGGAAGGGAUUUCCUUCGUCGAAAGCUCUUUGUGGUCACAUGGCUUCUCAUUCUGAGAAAGAGAAAAAGAUUAACAGAUUUGAUCAAGUUAUGGAGGAUAGUCAAUCUGAUGAUGAUGAUGAUGAUGAUACUGAUGAUGAUGGUUGUGCUGUUGCUGCAACAAUGAAUCUGAGGAAAUCGAAGAGAAGAAUUAGGUUUAAGUCUCUUACUCUUUCAAAUCAGAAUCUAAAUCAAAUUCAAAAUCAACCUUCUUCUUGUUCUGUUAAUGGUUCUUCAUCUAUGUCAGAGAUGGAACACGAACAACAAGAGGUUGCUAUGUGUUUGAUGCUUUUGUCUAGAGAUUUUUUUAGUCAUAAGGAUCGUUUUGUUUCUGAAUCUUCUGAUAAUAAUAGCUCUGUUGUUUUAGAGACAAAACCGUACAUUUCUGAUAAAAAGAUUGUUAUUAGAAAUGGUAACAAAUUUGUCUCUAGUAAUGAUCAUCAUGAAGCUGCCGAGAAGAAGCUGAAGCUGAAGUCUGUUGGGAUUGGUGUUUCCAAUAAAUCGGAUUCGAAGGAUUUCAGAUAUGCCUCCAAGAUCAAAAUUGUAGAUUCAAAAGUUUCAAACUUUGAAUUCAAGAGGCCGAAAGAUGAAGAAGAUAAAUCUGGAUUUGUGGAUUGCAAAAGCAAAUACAAUGUAACAACAACAACUGUGGUUAAGAAAUCAGGGAUGAAUAAGGAUUUGGAUCAUGAUUCGAGAAAGAACUCGAACUAUGAAGGAUUUAGUUUCAACAACAACAAUAACAAGAAUGAAGAAAUCCAUGAAGAUGUUAGAAACGGUUUGAAGUACGAGUUUUAUGGCAGCGAAAAGGACAAUGAUUCUUCUUAUGUUUCAACAACAGAUGAAGAGAGUGAUGAAGAAAACAGUUCAGAAAGUGAUUCUUUUACUGCUGCAAAAUCUCACAACAGUAAAAAGAAACCAAGUAACAAAGCUAAGAAGAAGUUGAAGUCAAAGAAAAGCAAGGAAUAUGAAUGUCCAAUUUGCUACAAAAUUUUCAGGUCAGGACAAGCAUUAGGAGGACAUAAAAGAUCACAUUUUGUUGGAGGAUCUGAAGAAAACACUACUUUUGUGAUCAAACAAAAUGCUGGUCCUUGUUUGAUUGAUCUCAAUCUACCUGCUCCUGUUGAUGAGUAAACAAAAUGACCAAAUGGGUUAUCUUUGAUUUUACUUUUACAUCAUUUUUUUUAAGCUUCUUCUAUUAAGGUACUUUAAUGAAUAUCUUAAAUUUUAAGAAUGUUUUUUUUUUGUCAUUAUCCCAUACCAUGAUAGCAAUUUGCAAUGUAGACAAAGUGGUAUUAAGCACUAGAAACUCACAUACAAUAACAGUGAGAAUUAGAGUUCGAACCGUGAUGUUGACGUCUAACCUAACAAUUUUGCUAGUUGAACUAGGAUUUGCAGAAUUGCUUUCAUAGUCUUGAAAAUUUUGUUUCACCCUUGA